UGGAAUUUGCCGGCCGGAGAUCCGCUCUUCACUCUCGUAGAGAAGCCACUACCUGCGGAAAGCUCCGCCGCCAGUCUCGUAAUUUACCGGCGACUGUCGUCCGAUUCACCGGCGGACGCCCCAAAUGCAAUCCCUAAGCUUGGCCUACCGCUUCCCGCACCUCCUCGCUCCUUCCCCUUCCCCAAUCUCCGGCUUUAAUCGCCGGUUUCUGUCUGUGUCCACUCGAAUCGGACUCAAACCCUGCCGCUUGGUCACUCUCUGCGCUCCGAACCCGGCCGAGUCGUAUCGGACGGGGCCUUCGUCGGCCGGUUCCGAUUCGUCGAAGCUCAGGUUCGAAGAUCGGCAAAGUGAGUGGAGCUUCCAGGUCCAAAGCCCCAGCGUCGUGCCGCCGCGGACCGUCGCUAAGUUGAGCUUGAGCGACCAGGCUUUCUUCCUCCUCGCCUUCAUUGCCUGCACGACAUUGGUGGCAUUUACGAGCCUCGUGGUUGCAGCCGUUCCCACACUAUAUGCCCUCAGAAGAGCAGCCAAUUCUCUUUCAAAAUUAGCGGACACGGCUCGUGAGGAACUCCCUAGUACGAUGGCAGCGGUUAGGCUUUCGGGUAUGGAAAUUAGUGACCUGACUAUGGAGCUCAGCGAUUUAAGCCAAGAGAUAGCUGAUGGAGUGACCAAAUCAGCUCAGGCCGUUCAAGCCGCAGAAGCUGGCAUCCGUCAAAUCGGCAACCUGGCUCGUCAGCAGACAAUCUCCAUGAUUCAAGAGAGAGCUAGCCUUCCCAUCAUCUCAAUACAACCCGUCGUUGUAGGGGCUGCAAAGAAGACUUCCCGUGCUGUAGGGCAAGCGACAAAGUCGCUAAUGAAUAUGAUAUCAGGAGCGGAGCUUAACUCGGAGAAUGAGAACGACGAUGAGAGUGGAAUAGAUCUGGUAGAAUUUUAAGUUCACAGCUUCUUCUCCCAUCACACCAAGUGUAUAUACACAUCAACUGCAAACCAAAUUACUUGUACGAGGUUAGUCUUCCAGUGAUGAUAUACAGCUGAAAAUAUGCACUAAAACAAUAUGGAGUGAUUCUUCUGUGCUUUUUUGGUUUUCUCAAAGAACAGGGUAUGUGCGUCACUUCGUCAUUGUUUGGCACGUUGAAAGAUUAGAGUAAUAUUUUUCCUGAAGCAUUUGAUUCAAGCA